AUGUAUCCAAGACUCCAAGAAAGUCCCAUCUUUAUGGUUCCACAAUUUCUCUUCGUCAUUUUCACUUUCUUCACUGCUUCGUUUGGGGUCUCUCAAGUAAUACAAUGUCAAUCUGGAAUUUCAAACACCAUUAUUGUUGAUGAGUUGGGCAUGUCUGGAGAAUUCAAGACAGUUCAAGCCGCCAUUGAUUCGAUUCCUCCAAACAAUAAUAAGUGGAUCAGAAUCCAAAUCAAUCCUGGAAUUUACAUAGAGCAGGUAACAAUCCCACAAGACAAGCCAUGUAUUAUCCUCGAAGGACAAGACCGGAGCGUCACGACCAUAACAUAUGAUGCUCAUGACAGAACAGAUACUAGUGUUACUUUCUCCACAAACCCAGACUAUGUAGUUGUUAGGGGGAUCACGUUUGAGAACUCAUACAAUCGCCCACUAAAGUCGAACACUGAUAUAACUCAAGCAGUUGCGGCACAAAUUGGAGGUGAUAAGAAUGUCUUCUUUGAAUGUGGGUUUGUUGGAUUACAAGAUACAUUGUGGGAUUUUCAGGGCCGUCAUUACUUCUACAAUUGUUACAUUGAAGGCGCUGUAGAUUUCAUAUUUGGCAAUGGCCAAUCCUAUUAUCAGGAUUGUUAUCUAAACGUUACGGCCGGGUUAUUACCUGAUCAAUUAGGAUACAUUACAGCUCAAGACCGAGAAUCGCCGGAGGAGGGUUCUGGGUUUGUGUUUCCACGAGGCAUUGUGGACGGGAGUGGCCAAGUGUACCUUGGAAGAGCUUGUGGUCCCUAUUCCAGAGUAAUUUUCGACGAAACAAACUUAACUUCAGUUGUGUAUCCUACUGGUUGGGAUGCCUGGUACUUCAUAGGACAAGAGGAACAUUUGCUGUACGCCGAGAUUGAUUGUGUGGGAGCAGGGUCUAACACUUCCGACCGGGUUAAAUGGUUGACGAAGCUGGAUGGGGAACAACGUGACGGGCUUUACGGCCCAAUAUUCCUUGAUGACCAAGAUGAGUGGCUUGAACAUUUACAAUCACUUACCAUCAACAUUGCCCCUAAUUAA